ACUUAAAUUAAAUUUAAAUGAUUUAUGUGAAAUGAUGUCAGCUGUUGGUUUUAUUUUCUUGGUUCUGUCACUUACUGGGUUAACAAAUUGUAACAAUUCGCUUGGUCAAAAAUGCGCAAGUGACACAACCAUGAUGAAAGAGUGCUGUCCAAUAGCCACGAGUAAAUCAUUUCAUAUAAAAGAAUGUGAUGAAACUUUUAAAGAUCUUGAAAGCGCUUCUGAAUCAAAUAAAUUACGAGCAUUUCAUGAAAACCUGGAAUGUAUUUACAACGAGAGAAAUAUAUUUGAAAUCGACGAUUGUUAUACCAAACUUGAUGAAUAUAAAUCAUUGAUGAGAGAAUUUUACAACGAGCCAGAAUUACAAAAAAUUUUAUCAGAUGGUGCAGACAAAUGUAUGGAAUUAAUGAAUAAAGGAACACGUAAGCAUCUUAAAGCUGGGAGAGAAGACGUCUGCAACGUUAUUCCAGUUUACACGUAUACAUGUGUUGCUAAAUAUAUUGCCUCGCAAUGCCCACCACGUUAUUGGACAAAAAGUAAAAAAUGUGAAACUACAAGAGCAAAUCUUACACCUGUCGAAGUCUGUUUUCAGUCGUGAUAACAAUAGAAAUUCAUUUUCCCAUAAUUUUAAAUAAAUAAAGCAAUUGAAAAUUAUAAAAACUGUACAAGCUUAAAUAAAUGAAUAAAUUGUAUGUGCUUACUUAAAAUUUAAUUUAUUGCUUUUCAAAUAAUGUUGUUAAUAUUUAUCCAAAC